GUGUUCAGGCUCCUAUUGCAGAAAGGCCUUCAUGCUAUACAAUUUUUUAUUUUUUGACACUUUUCGUUUCGUGUUUAUUAUUUUUUUUUUAGAAAAAAACAACAAAAUAUUCUUAAUUAAACACAAAAAAUAUGUUAUCAGAAAGAUUAAAAAAAAAUAUUUCAUUUAAGGCUGGAAGAGAUAGCAUUGUUAAAGCAUUUGAUUUUUUAAAACAAGAGAAUUGUGAUAAGAAACGAAAUUUAAAGAAAUGUAAAGAUAACCACGAAAAAAGAGUUGAAAAUUGUACUUCGAGUGUUGACUUGAAGAAAAAUAAACAUUGCAAUUCAACUGUCUUUUCAUCAAGUUCUAUUGCCCUUAAAAUGCGUUCAUGUUCAAUGGAACAUGAUUGGAUUAGUUUGCAAAGAUUAAUUCCUUUACUCCUGGAUUUUUCGAUUGACAGAGAACCUAUUUUAUGGAGAUUUUCAUUGAUUAUGUUUCUCAAUAGCUCUGAAAGCCACGAACAUGUUAUAUGUGAUUUUCUAGACAGAUGUCUUGGGAGUACGAGUGAAAUUCAAUCUGAUGAACCGGACAGACAUUUACAACAAUUGCUAACUGUGGAGUCUUUACAACAUAAAUUCGAAGAAAUUUGGAUAAAAGAAUUAGAAUAUAUCGAACAUUAGUUCGUUACAUUUGAUAGUGAUUAAUAUGUGUUGUAUAUAUGUAUAUACAUUUUAUUAACUUUUUUAAUUGUCUCAAGUAAUAUUUAACAUUUUUAUUCAGAAAAAGAGGCAAGAACAUGCUUAUUUAGAAAAACAUGAAAAACUUGCAAAUUCGAAAAUUUCUGUCAAAUUUCAAGACUUUCUUUUAUUGAAAAAAUUUAAUAAAUAUACUUUAAUUUUGUUACAUCGAGAAUAACUUUUCUAAUAUAAGAAUAUAUUAAUGAUAUAAAAUUAUAAUACUGCCGAUAAUUUAAAAUUUAACUAAGAAUGUUAAUUUCCGAAUUGGUACUGUAAAAAAUCGGAAUAAAAUUUAGUUUUUUGAA